AUGGUGAGUUUAUCCUCUGAACUCAGGUAUACUGCCAACACGCAGCUGGAGCACCUACAUGCUCGUUACACAGGAACUGGUCACGCAGACUUGACGAAAUAUGACUGGAUCACACAUCAACACAGAGAUACGCUGUCUUCUAUCGUAGGACACCCGUCUUUGCUUUCGUAUCUGGCUCUCGCAGACGGAGAAGCUAUCGGCCGGACGAAGUUCGAGAUGACAGAGCGAAUGCUGCAGCCCUGUGGCCCCCCUCCCAAGAAAGACGAAGAUUGA